CAGGCAACACGUCCAAGCGCGCGGAACACAUGCUGUGCGAGAUCCCAGCACUUCAGCAAUAAGUCGGUGGCGUCGUCUUCCGUUCUUACGCUCGUCUUUACGCUCUGAAGACGUUCUCGAGGCUUUACCCACACAAGCGGAGCACCAUGUGGUCAGUGCCCCGGCUCGUCUUUUCACUGCUCGUGGUAUCAGCGGUCAUGGCAGUGGAUUCCAGUGUUACCCCACUCACAACAAUAGACUCUCCUACAACACUCUCCACCACCUAUACCUCCAUUACCAGUGCCUCCCCAUCAGAUCCUACCUCCCCCACUUCACCCCAGACCAUGGUCUCCACCCACACAGAAGCAACCAACACCUCCUCAGCAGCACCCACCACACUUAAAAGUGAGGUCACAGGACCAUACAGCCCAACAACAGUGUUAAGUGAAAACUCAACAAUAACACAAUCCCCAAAUCCAACGACCCAUACAACAGACCCUAUGAGUUCCACGCCUGACGUUUCGACGGGAACGCAUUCUAGUCCUACAGUAACCUCAAUAAUCCCAGAAAAUAGCACAAGUACGGUUGCUACAGUAACAGUUUCCAUCACUACUGGCCACCCUGAUCCAACCUCUCCAGGUAAUGGCACAACCUCAACCCUGAUUCCAUCAGAAAGUCCGAACACUACAGCAGCUGCUACCACAACAGCUUCCAUGAAUACCACCAUGGUUACGGAUCCUGCAAAUGCAACAAGGACCCCCUCACCUUCCACAGGACCAGACCAUUCAACCACAACCGCGCCAAACGUAAUGUUACUGAACUGA